AUGGCUUCAACAUCGAUUGUUAAUUCAUGGACAGAAUGGGGACAAUUGGAAAUUAUAUGCGUAGGCACUGCUCAAGGAAUGUGUUAUCCAAAUGACACUCCAUCUUGUGCUUGGCAUACUCCACCAUCUAAUCUAUAUCCCUAUGUUGAAUCGAUUAUUGGACCACGACCUCGCCGUCGUAUUGAACAAGCACAACAACAAUUAGAUAAUCUUUCGGAUUUACUUCGAGCAGAAUCAGUUAAAGUUUGUAAUUCAGUUGAUGAAGUAUUACAUGAAGAUAUUGGAGAAGUUCUUCCUCGAAAGCAAACAUUUCCUUCAAAUAGUUCAUCAGCAACGGUGGAUGGAAUUACUAUAAAAAAAGAUAAAAUCGAUGUAUAUCGACCAGAAGACUUUACAAACGAACCAUUGCGUUUUGAUCAUCAAAUAUCAGCACCACAUUUCAAAAAUCAAUAUCAAUUUGGUCUUGCAUGUCCACGAGAUGUAUUAAUUACAAUGGGUAACACUAUCUUAGAAUCACCAACUUCUGUUCAUACACGAUAUUUUGAAUCUGAAUAUUAUAAACCACUUAUUUACUCCUUGUGGAAACGAGAUCCCUAUAUGAAAUGGCUUCAACCUCCAAGACCAACAUGUUCAUCGACUCAUAUGUUUAAUGAUAUUGAUUAUUGGAAAAAAGUUGAAAUGAAAGAAUGGAAAAAAAAAAUAUUUGUUGAUAAUGGUUAUAAAACAAAUUUAAAUGAAAAUGAAAUUGCUUUUGAUGCUGCUGAUAUUAUGCGUAUGGGAAAAGAUAUAUUUUAUAAAAAAUCAGUAACAGCAAAUAAUCAAGGUUUUCAUUGGCUUCGUCGAACAUUUCCUGAUCUUCGUUUUCAUAUGAUGCAUUUUCCAACUGAUGGAAGUUGUCAUAUCGAUUGUAAUUUAUUACCAUUGAGACCUCCAACAGCUGGUUCUGAAGGUCUUGUUCUUCUUAAUCAAGCAUAUCCACCAUUAGCAAGUGAAAUAAAAAUAUUUACUGAUAAUAACUGGCGUCCAGUAGUAGCACCUAAGAGUGCAAGUUCUGAAGUACCUCCACUAGCUUUAUGUUCACAAUAUCUCAAUACUAAUAUACUUUCUAUCAAUGAUCAUUGUGUAGUUAUUGAAGAAUGUGAAACAGCACUUUAUAAUUUAUUACAUGAUGAUCUUGGCUUUGAUGUUAUUACUUGUCCACUUCGAAUACUCAAUGAAUUUGGUGGUAGUGUUCAUUGUGUUACAUGGGAUAUACGACGAGAUGACUCUUGUGUUGAUUACUUUCCAAAUCAAGAUUAUGAAGCUGAAUGUAAACGUGAUCUUGAGAAUUAUUCUGAUCGAACACUAGCAUCGACGCAUGAUAAGAAAUAG